AUGACCACCGAGGACAUGAUUCAGGGAAAUCAGGAUCGUCAAGCGCAGCGAAGGCGCCCAUUUACGACUUGGGUCAAGAAGCUCACCAACUUCAAGAAUUCGUCAGACUCCGAAAGAAACAAGCGGCAUUCGAAACCCCGCCGAGGCGGCAAAUUGAACAACCCGUAUCCUGAAUCCGGAACUAUCAGUAAAGAUCAUGGAAAUAGACAUCGACACAGCGAGCAUUCGUUUGCAACCCAUCAGACCAACGAUACCUCGAUCGGUGGCCAUUCAGGCCGAUAUUCGGUAGAUGACCUCGCACCACCAACAGCCGGCGGAAGGAGCAUGGCUGGGACCGUCUCAACAGAAAAUGAUACUGCACGGUCGCUCAAUGCCCCUAGCCAUGGCGCCAGCUCUCUUGCAGGCACCAGUCGGACCUGGAAGUCGUUCGACUUCUUUGACGUCUCUCAGGUAUCACCUCCCGAGGCCGAGGCCGCCCAGCUAUUCGAAAGCAACGAUGUCUCGAGCGUAUGCGCUGGCUCGGACAGCCUGUUUUUAGGAUCAGCCGACGGCUCCGUCAGUAUUCUUGGCAAGAAUUGGAAGGUAGUGAACAAGUUCCAAGCGCAUGAUGCAGGACAAGUUACGCAUAUGCGCCAAGUUGAAGGAACCAGCAUACUCGUCACGGUCGCAGAAGACUUGAGCGGCGAGCCGGUUCUCAAGGCAUGGGCUCUCGACAAGCUCGUCAAGAAGACAAAUAUGCCCACGUGCCUGAGUACCAUCAACAUCAACAAUGGAAGGCGACAAUUUCCGAUCUCAGCUUUUGCUGCGCUGGACGAUCUCUCACAAAUUGCGGUCGGCUUUGCCAAUGGGGCCGUCACGGUCAUUCGCGGCGAUUUGAUCCACGACCUCGGAACCAAACAGCGAAUCGUGUACGAAUCCGAAGAGCCAGUCACUGGGGUGCAGCUUAUGGAAGAUGAGAAAAUCACAACUCUCUUUGUGUCAACUACGUCUAGGAUACUUAAGCUUGGCUUGUCAAAGAGAGGCCAGGGACUUCCGCCGAAAACCGUCGAAGAUAGUGGCUGCCCGGUCGGUUGCAUGACUCUAGACCCUGUCACAGGUGACAUUGUCGUGGCGAGAGAAGACGCGAUCUACACGUACAAGGCGGACGGACGUGGCCCUCCGAAGGCGUAUGACACGCCAAAGAAGAUGAUUGCUGUACAUCAGGACUACAUGGCGCUGGCUUGCCCGCCGGCCUCGAGCAAUGAGCCAGAUUCUCUACGUCGCCGCUUCACAAAUGGAGCAGACGGAUUGUUUGAUUCGUCCACAUUCGUGCUACUCGAGCCUGAUUUGCGCAUCAUUGCGCACACAGAGACUCUGGUCUCACCAGUGAAGUUUAUCUUCGAAGUUUGGGGUGAUAUCUACACAGUCACCGAGCAGGGCAAGGUAAACCGCUACCAUGAGAAAUCACUGCAGCAACGAUUGGAUAUGAUAUACCAACGUAACAUGUUCCCACUCGCGUUGGAGCUUGCACGAAACUCAGGCAUGAACAGCAAGGAGCAGAGUGUCAUAUAUCGCAAAUUUGGCGAUCAUUUAUACCAGAAGGCCGACUACGAUGGCUCAAUGGUACAGUACAUUCGAGCAAUUGACUCCACCGAACCCUCGCAAGUCAUUAGAAAGUUCCUCGAUACGCAACGAAUACAUAACCUAAUCAGGUACCUGGAAGAGCUGCAUGAGCAUAGAAAGGCAACAUCAGACCACACAACGCUACUACUGAAUUGCUAUGCCAAGCUCAAAGACAAGGAGAAGCUCGAGAAGUUUAUAGAAUCACCUGGCGACCUCAAAUUCGACCUUGACACGGCGAUCUCAAUGUGCAGACAGGGCGGAUACUACGAACAGGCCGCUUAUUUGGCAAAGAAGCAUGGCGAAACGGAGCUGGUGGUCGAUAUCCUGAUCGAGGAUUCCAGGAACUAUGCCGCUGCGCUCGAGUACAUUUGGCACCAGGAUCCAACAAUUGCGUAUCCUUGUUUGAGGAAGUAUGCUAGAGUUCUUAUUGAACACUGCCCGGGACAAGCGACAAAAUUAUUCAGCGAUUAUUAUACCGGUCGAUACAGACCGAAGCGAACACCCAUCGCAGUAAUUGAAAGUGCCGGCCACCCGUCGAACGCGUUUACUUCCGGCGCUGCCAGUGCCGUUCAAAAUCUAUCAAGUCUCUUCACUUUGCCGUACAUCAGUCCCGCCUCAGCGGCAGGCACACCUGGCAGCACCAAACCGACAGUGGAGGGUCCUCCGCCGAAUGAAGAUGACUAUCCGCCUCCUAAAUAUACACCACCCGAGCCGAGAACGGCUUUCUCGUCAUUUAUCGAUCACCCAGAUGAGUUUAUUACAUUUUUGGAAGCUUGCCUCGAAGAAAGCAAUCUUCGAACGUCGGAUCAAACAGACUUGUACACAACCUUGUUCGAGAUGUAUCUGUUCAAGGCGGGUGAGAAAAAGGGUCUGCACCGGGAAGAGUGGGAGGCAAAGGCAAAAAAGCUGAUUGAGGGUGAGCAUGUGCCCAUGGAAAGCUCCAAUGUUCUCCUGUUGUCGCAUUUGUCUAGUUUCAAGGAUGGCACCGUGCUCGUGAAAGAGCAAGCUGGUCUCCUAUCAGACAUAUUCCGGUCAUAUACCUCGGCGCGCGACACUCAAGGAGCAAUGAAAGCACUGCGAAAGUAUGGGUCGGACGAGCCUCAGCUAUAUCCUGCCGCUCUGGCAUACCUAACCUCGGACCCCAAAAUUCUGGAAGAAGCGGGGCAGGACGAACUUGCAGGCAUUUUGGCCAAAAUUGACAAGGAUGGUCUGAUGGCACCCUUGCAAGUCAUUCAAACAUUAGUUGGCCAGUCUGCUGGUGGCGGGUUUGCGACAAUGGGCAUGAUUAAGCCCUAUCUGCAGGAGACAAUUAGUCGCGAGCGCAAGCAGAUUUCGAGUAACCGUCACAGAAUCAGAACUCUGCGCACAGAUACAGAAAAGCGACGAGUGGAAAUUGAAGAGCUCAAUUCGAAGCCUGCCAUCUUCCAGGCCACUCGUUGCGCUGAAUGCGGACAGGGACUGGACCUGCCGACCGUGCACUUCCUGUGCAAGCACAGUUUCCAUGAAAGAUGCUUGCGGAGUGGCACGGAGGAAGAUGCUGAAUGUCCAAAGUGUGCGACUGGGAAUGACAUGAUCCGCAAGAUUCGAAGAGGUCAACAGGAAGAAGUCGAUAAGCAUGAGCUCUUUAAAUCUGCUCUGGAAAGAAGCGAUGACAAAUUUGGUACCAUUGCGGAGUGGUUUUCACAUGGAGUAAUGGAUGCAUCACAAAACGCCGAGCAUAGCCCUUGA